AAAAAGGGUAAGAAGAGACAAAAAAAGUGUUUGUUUCCUCCCUCUAUAUAGACUAAGGCUUCAAUAAUGAACAUAGCUCUUCAAAGGCCCUGUGACCUAGAAAUCAACCCGACUUCCAAAUGGGUCUUUGGCAGGCGAAAAGUCUCCCGGCCGCAUUCCGGCGAGGCCUGCUGGUUUGGGCGGUGGUUAUGGCGAUCUCGGGGCGGUUGGGAGAAUGUAAGUGUGGGUUUGAGGCCAUCUUCAACUUCGGGGACUCGAAUUCAGACACCGGCGGGUUUUAUGCUGCUUUUCCGGCGGCGUCUUUGCCUUACGGCAUGACCUACUUCAAGAGAGCUUCUGGCCGAGCCACUGAUGGGAGGCUCAUCAUUGAUUUCUUAGCUGAAGCUCUAGGAUUGCCAUUCUUGAGCCCAUACUUGCAAUCAAUUGGAUCUGAUUUUCGGCAUGGGGCAAACUUUGCAACACUGGCGUCUACAGUGCUUCUACCUAACACUUCAUUAUUUGUCACUGGGAUCAGCCCUUUCUCUCUAGCCAUUCAACUCAACCAAAUGAAGCAGUUCAAAGCCAGGGUUGAUGGACAUCACUCAAAAGGAUCAACCAAGCUUCCAAGAGCAGACAUAUUUGGAAAAUCCCUGUACACAUUUUACAUUGGCCAGAAUGACUUCACUUCCAACUUGGCAUCUCUGGGAAUAGGUGGAGUGAAACAGUAUCUUCCUCAAGUGGUUGCCCAAAUUGCGUAUACAAUCAAGGAUCUAUACGAGCUAGGGGGAAGAACAUUUCUGGUGCUGAAUCUUGCUCCAGUGGGUUGUUAUCCAUCGUUUCUGGUGGAGCUUCCUCACAAUAGCACUGAUCUCGAUGCAUUUGGAUGCAUGGUCUCCUACAACAAUGCAGUGAAAGAGUACAACAACAUGCUGAAGGACGCCCUUAGCCUAACCAGAAAAGAAAUCCCAGACGCUUCUGUCGUAUAUGCGGAUACUAACUCCGUGCUGCUACAACUCUUCCAACACCCCACUUCCCAUGGGUUGAAGCAUGGGACAAGAGCAUGCUGUGGAUAUGGGGGAGGUGCCUACAAUUUUGACCCUAAAGUUUACUGUGGGAACACCAAAGUGAUCAAUGGAAGCACUGUCACAGCAACAGCUUGUAAUGACCCCCACAACUACGUGAGCUGGGAUGGAAUACAUGCCACAGAAGCUGCAAAUAAGAUAGUUUCAAAAGCCAUUCUCAAUGGUUCAUAUUUUGAUCCCCCCUUCCCACUUCAUAAGCUCUGUGACCUCCAUCCUAUAUAGAUUAGCAUGUAAAACAUCUUUCUCAGCUCACAAUUGAAAUAAAGCUGAAAGAACACAACCUAUCUACUGAUGAA